CUGUCCACACUACACGGCCUCUUUCAGGACGGGUACAUGUACACUGUGUUGUAUAGUGUACGUGUAUGCAUACAACGAAUGUAGAGAUGACCGAGACCUCGCCCCCAAUUCGGCUUCUGACAUUGAACUGUUGGGGCUUUGCAGUAAUCUCCAAACACAAAGAUUUGCGCUUGAGCAAAAUAGCUGAGUACCUGGCAACUGGAGAAUUGGAUAUUGUAGCACUGCAAGAGAUUUGGUGCAAGAGUGACUAUUUGCACUUGAAACAAUGCUUGGCUACUGUCUUUCCAUAUUCUCACUAUUUUUACAGUGGUGUUAUUGGCAGUGGCUUGUGUAUCUUCUCAUGCUGGCCAAUUGAGGAGAUUGCCUUUAGCGAGUAUUUACUCAGCGGUCCCUCAAUUGCUCGAAAAAUAUUCAAAGGAGACAAACUGGGUGGAAGGGGCAUUGCCAUGACUGUCAUAAGGCACCCACAACAUGGACCAAUCCAUGUGUUUACAACUCAUCUUAUGGCAACAUAUGGAUCAAAAGUGCCUGAUGAAAAUCAAUCACAUCGAGUUUGCCAGGCAUUUCAACUUGUUCAAUUUGUAAAGAGUCAUAGACCUCGUUUUACUAUACUUUGUGGAGACUUCAACUCGACUCCUCUUACUGAGCCUUACAACAUCAUAACAAGUUACGGCCAAAUGAAAGAUGCAUGGUUAGAGAUAGCAGGCAAUGAGAGCACAAAAGGCAUUACCAUCAACAGACCAGAGAAUGUGUAUCGUAAAAAGCAUGAAGAUCCUAUGAGAAUUGACUUCGUCUUUUACGCCACAAAUCCAGGUGAACGUUCUGUUUUGAAAUGUCAGUCAUCUGAAGUGACCAUGGGGAAGAUACCAGGGACAAAUAUCUACUUUUCAGACCACAAUGGUAUCUAUUCAGAAUUUGAAGUAUGCGAGCAAGUUGAUAGUGCUGACCCAAGUAUUGAUAACAAAGCCUCUGUUGAUAGUGUGAUUGUGGCAGAACAACUAACAGCAUUUGCUCUCACCACAGCUUCGGCACGAUGCCAUCAACAGAUCAUUGUCUCCUUGUUUUUCUUUUUCCUGUGGCUGAGUCUGACAGUAAUUGCUCUAUUUCCGUCCCUCCUGACUAUAUUCUUGAUCGAUUCUGUGGACACAGUGGCAUUUUCAACCCCAUUCUUUGGUCUUCUACUUUCUAUUUCACUGACAGUAGCUAUUUGUUUUGGCUUGCUAUCACUCAUCGUCAGUAAGAUUGAGAUCAAUAGACUAACUCAGUUGCAACAGGAGAUGAAGUUCGUUUGUCACGCCCUUGAACAGAGUGACAUACAAUAAUAGCACAGUUGGAUGUUGAUGUUGAUUUUUGGAUUUUUGCUUAUGGAGCUUUGUAUGACUCAUUGAUUUGUGUAUGGCACUGGUAUGUUGUGGUGA